UCUGCCAUUUGCAGCUGGGUCACAACUUCCUUCUCCUACGGAGAUCCGUUCUAUAAAGUUCACUGUGCUUGCCAAAACCAACUCACAGCCACGAUUGUUUGGUUUGAAUGAGUUACCUGUGCUAAGGCUCAGACGGACAUCUCCUGUGAAGCUUGAUUAGAAUGGCAGACGCCGAUACAGGUGAACCUUCAUGUCCUUCAUGCUUCAAAUACCAGACUAACAUCGGUGGCAAGCAAGGUCCCGCUGUUUUGAAAUUGGAAGACGGGGAGAGGACGCUCUACGUGAUAAAAAAAGACGAUGGAAAGCUCUACGCUCAGACAACGAAGCCAGAGAAUAAUGAUGGACAUUUCUUUGUGUCGACUUUGGCUAUAAAUAUAUCGUGUUGCAACUCAUCAGAAACACGUCUCGUCAUCCAAGGCGCCGUGGAUGAAUAUGAAGAUCCGGAUAGUUACGUCUCUCAACCGGAUGAUAGCUUCAUGUUGGCCCGUGCAGAGUCUGUUAAUGGCAGUGACAACGACUGGUCAUUGGAUGUUAACAUGAUAUUCAAUGCCGGCGUCACGACAAUGGGUGCACUUCGCAAGCCAGGAUGGUAUUUCGUCACAUCUGGCACUGAAUCUGGCACUGGCAAACUGCAAUGCACAGUCUAUCCAGACCCUAUCGUCUGUGCCCAUACCGUUUCCGGGGACGGUCCCUUUCCACUCAUCAUCCGUUCGAAGACUGAAGGAACAGGGGAAGGAUACGCCUAUAAAUUUACGUGGAACUAGUCUUCCUUUAUCUGAUAAGUGUUCUUUAUCCAUUCCAUUUCUGGCUUGCAUGCCUAGGAGAUGUGAACAAGUAUUAUUAUUACGAAGCUAUCAUUGGCACAUCACUUUGAAGCUCCAUUAUAGCCUUGUCAUCCUUUCACAUCACGCCCUACUCGUCACUCACGAAGUCCCCUGCUACUCCACGCACAACGAUUGUGUCCAAAUUUUCACCAAGGAGGCCAUCAUCAGGGAGACCGCUAUAGAGGUAAAAUUUGGAGACAAUCGUUGUACGUGGUGCAGUCGAUGAUUUUUAUUGUGUGUUUCGAGCGUCCGGAGUAGUGGAAUUAAGUUGUUUUCUUUCAUUCUUGAAAAAUUACUUUGUAUAUAAAGAAAUAGAAAAUUAACUGCAUACAGGAUUUGUUUACCAGCAUACCGGAUUUGUUUGAUGCUGCGCAUGCGCUGUGUUAUGCCUCCAAGGUCUAUUGCGUAGAGCUGAACGAGAACUUAGUUAUAAGUUGUGGGUAUCUCUUUACAAAAGAUCCUUUUUUCAAUGUGUAUUGAAUGAAUUUCAUAAUGAGGGUGCUUAGUAUGAUAGCCUGCUUACCAUUACUAUUGAUUGUACUUAAAGUAUUUUGUA